CUGUGACCCCGUAAGUUAAUGAUAUCAUUGUCGAUUGUGCGACGUCAUUGAAUCAACGUGUCCAGACUAGGGUAGUACGUUAUAUUUACAAGCAACACACCUCUACGAUGUCUAUAAAAUCGGUCAUUGAAGCCAAUAAUGCACGGUUUGGAGAGAUGUACAAGGCUGGGGAUAUGAAAGCCCUAGCGACGGAGCUGUAUCACGAAGAUUGUAAAUUCAUGCCCAGUGGCUCUGAGACUAAGAUAGGUCAGAAAGAUGUGGCAAAAGAACUGGAAGGAAUGAAGGCGGCAGGUAUAUCGGGAAUGAAGUUGACUGCGGAAGAAAUUGGUGGGAUUGAGAACGACACAGCUUACGAUCGUGGACAGUACUUUCUUUAUAAAGAUGAUGGCUCCGAGAUGGGCGUUGGAAAAUAUCUGGUGAUCUGGAAGAAAGUGGAUGGAAAAUAUCGUGUUUAUCUCGAUAUUUUUAACAGUAACAAUUGAAUACUAAUUAAGAAUUAAGUCAAAUUCAAUGGAUUCCUCUGAAAUCACAGUAAAAUAAACCAUUUGUCCAAUAUUGAA